CUGCCUGGCGGCUGGUCGGACAGACGGGGCAGCGCAGGGAGCUGGGACGCGGCGGGACAGCGACAUGGCCGGCCACACGCAGCAGCCGAGCGGGCGCGGGAACCCGGGCCCUGCUCCCUCGCCCUCCCCUGGCCCGGGCCCCGGGCCCGGCGCCUCGGAGCGGGUGGCGCUCAAGAAGGAGAUCGGGCUGGUGAGCGCCUGCACCAUCAUCAUCGGAAACAUCAUCGGCUCGGGCAUCUUCAUCUCCCCCAAGGGAGUCCUAGAGCACUGUGGCUCCGUGGGUCUGGCCCUCUUCGUCUGGGUCCUGGGUGGGGGCAUCACUGCCUUGGGCUCACUGUGCUACGCGGAGCUGGGAGUCGCCAUCCCCAGGUCUGGUGGGGACUACGCCUAUGUCACCGAGAUCUUCGGGGGCCUGGCUGGCCUGGCCGUCAUCUCCAUGACCUUCUCCAACUACGUGCUGCAGCCCGUGUUCCCCAACUGCAUCCCCCCGGCCGCCGCUUCCCGUGCGCUCUCCAUGGCCUGCCUUAUGCUCCUGACGUGGGUGAACAGCUCGAGCGUGCGCUGGGCCACGCGCAUCCAGGACGUGUUCACCGGCGGGAAGCUGCUGGCCCUGUCACUCAUCAUUGGCGUGGGCUUUGUCCAGAUCUUCCAAGGACACUUCGAGGAGCUGAGGCCCAGCAAUGCCUUCGACUUCUGGAUGACGCCGUCCGUGGGUCACCUGGCCCUGGCCUUCCUCCAGGGCUCCUUUGCCUUCAGCGGCUGGAACUUCCUCAACUAUGUCACCGAGGAGCUGGUGGACCCUCGAAAGUGAGCGGGGCUCCGGCCAGGCCCUGGG